CUAAUAAUAAUUGUGGACACAUAUAUAUCUUGUCAUUCCAUUUUUAACUAAAUUAAUACAUUGUUUUUAUAAUAAAGCUUUUGUUAUUUGAAUACUAUUCAUAUAACUCAGUUCCGUUGGUUUCCAUUCGAAAAAGACAAGUUAUAUUAUCACUGAUUUAUGAGUGAGUAUAGAGGAAAGUAUCGUGAAUAAGACAAUGAUCAAUAUAACUGGUUUCGAUUAAACGUAAUAAUGUCAAUUUAAGACAAGGACAAAUAAAGAAAUAUAAAAAAAUUAGUUAAACUAUGUAGAGAGUAAGUCAAUUUAAAUUUAAUAGCGUCAACAGUAAUAGAAGAAACAUAGGAAGGACACAUUUCGAUACGGUGUGCAAAAGACAAAUGUCCGUCGAGAAGAAUAUUGGAAAGACCGACAGAAAAGCAAAGUCUCAUACGAUUGAUGUGCAGAGAAUUCAAAGAUUAUCAAAUCGUACAUCCUUCACUACUACUCGAAACAGAUAAAAUAAAUGCUAUCGAUAAUGCGAGUGAGGGCACCGUCACCCACCCACUAGAUAAAUCAUUGAUUAUGACUAAAGUUUUUUUUUGCAUAGGAUGUUGCAUGGCAUUGUAAACAUCCGUCAAUAUUUGGUUCUGUAGGUGAUGAUCAAAAAUUGAUGAUUUGGGAUACAAGAUCAAAUAAUUAUGCUAAAGCUAGUCAUAUAGUUGAUGCACAUUCAGCUGAAGUUAAUUGUCUUGCUUUUAAUCCAUUUUCGGAAUAUAUUCUUAUAACUGGUUCAGCUGAUCGAACAGUUGCUUUAUGGGAUUUAAGAAAUUUAAAAAUAAAAAUAGCUACAUUUGAAUCUCAUAAAGAUGAAAUUUUUCAAACACAUUGGUCAUCUCAAAAUGAAACUAUUUUUGCAUCAAGUGGUUCAGAUCGACGACUUCAUAUAUGGGAUUUAAGUCGAAUUAAUCAACCACAAACACCAGCUGAAGCUGAAGAUGGUCCACCUGAACUUUUAUUUAUUCAUGGUGGUCAUGCAGCUAAAAUUUCUGAUUUUUCAUGGAAUCCAAAUGAACCAUUUGUUAUAUGUUCUGUAUCGGAAGAUAAUAUGGCACAAGUUUGGCAAAUUGUAAAAUUUAUAUAUGAUUAA